UUUUGGACGACGUGUCCGAAUUUUUCCCGCGUUGUCAAGUUCUGUCAAUCGUCCAUCACUGAGCUGACAUUUCAGGCUCCACAUUUCCCCCACUAUUCAUUUGGAGAUUUUGAUUGUCAAGGCCGAUCAGUCUUGCUUUUUUGCCGUUGACAAAGGCGAUCCAUCACAGGUUCAUGGAGGGCAAAUCCAGCAUCAACGUUGCCAUCAUCGCCUAUGGCUACGCCGGGCGCAAAAUCCACGCUCACCUGCUCGCACGCACGCCCGGGCUUGUCAUCUACGGCGUGAUGGCGAGAUCCGCCGAGCUUCGCAACCAAGCGAAAAUAGACCAUCCAAGUUGCAAGACGUUCGAGACGUUUGAAGAGGUUCUUUCGGAUCCGGACGUGCAUCUCGUAGUUCUCGCAUCACCUACUUCUCUGCAUUGUGAUCAGGCUGUUCGUGCCUUGCGAGCCAACAAGCAUGUCGUGACAGACAAGCCAAUGUGCCGCACCGUGAGCGAGUGCGAUCUGAUGCUUGCCGCCGCCCGCGACUCGGGCAAGAUGCUCAGUGUGUUCCAAAAUCGUCGGUGGGACGGUGAUUUUCUGACAGUGCAACAGGUGCUGGCGGAAAAGCAGCUCGGCGAGAGAGUUCGUUUUAUGGAGCUGGCGUUUCAACGAUUCGGCUUGUCUGGCAAGGCGUGGAAGAAUUCCUCGAUCGAGGAGGGUGCGGGCGCGCUGCUGGACCUGGGCGCGCACACGGUUGACCAGCUCAAUCGGAUUAAUCAGAAGCCCAUAUCCACCAUCUACGCACGCAUUCUGAAGGACUUUCCGGAGGCUCCUGGAGUAGAUAGCAAUUCCAUCAUUUUCGUCAACUAUGUGGACGGCUCAACUGCCCUGCUCGAUAUUUCAUCCAUCGCCGCAAACCCAAAGCCUCGUUUCCAUCUCUCCGGGCCGAAAGCCACCUUCACCAAGUAUGGGCUGGAUCCGCAAGAGCUUGCCAUGGUUGCCGGUGACAUUGACUCGGCGCGCGAGAGCCCUGCCAACUCUGGCACCGUCACCGAUGGCGCCAGCAAAGCGGUUACUGUCAUUCCCACGCUUCCAGGACGCUGGCGCAACUACUACGAGAAUGUGGCCGACCACCUUUUGCGCGGUGCCACACUGGAAGUGCCGGCUUCACAAAUUCGCAAGAACGUGGCUGUUCUGGAAGCCGCCCAACUCUCCGCCCUUCACAACAAGGUCAUCCCGUUUGCCCAAGUGUACGGCGUGACGGAGCGACAGGACUAGGCUUCAAAAGUCAGGGGUCUUCGAUGGUCGACCAAGCGACACACGAAUCAAGCAUUGAAAAACUUCAAGGACUCGCUUUGCCUUGACCAAGCUGACUUUUUCGAUUUCUGAUUUCAGCUGCAACCUUUUCGUCCCUUCCGCAAUCCGUUGGUCUAAUCCGAAUAAUUUUCUGUCCUUGUUUUUGAAAUCCGAAUUUCGCGUUUGCAGUUGA